UGGUGUUUGGGAAGAACAACGGUCUAGUGCCCUGCAGGGCUUGCCAGCUAAGUUCCCAAGGGUGUGGCCAUUCUCUCCUUUCUGCUUCUAACCCUUUGGUGUCCUCUGAUCAUGUCCAGGAGCUCUGGUGGUGCAGUGGUUAAGAGCCUGGCUGCUAACCAAAAGUUCAGCAGUUUGAAUCCACCAGCCGCUCCUUGGAAACCCUGUGGAGCUGUUCUACCCUGUCCCAUAAGAUUGCUAUGAGUCAGAAUUGACUCAGCGGCAGCGGUUUGGUUUGGUUUAGUCAUGUCCAUUCUUGUCACUUAGCCACGUGAUCCACUUAGUUACCCCUCCUAGAAUUAUUACCCUUUGGAAGGAGGAGCUUUGAGUGAGCUGCCUUUCGUCUGAGCACUGAUCCGCUGGUGGAUUUUCAGGCAUCCGUGGGGGCGACAUAGGGAGAUAGGUUGGAAAUGCCAAAUAUUUGGUGCCCUUGAGCUCAGAGGGACCGUGUCUCCACCUGCACCCCCUCAGUAAUACUCUCGCUUUUUUUCCCCUCUGUUCGCUGCAGAUGUGACUCUUGGUCCUUGGCUGGUGCCCUGAGCCAUGGCUGACACCAUCUUCAGCAGUGGGAAUGACCAGUGGGUUUGCCCCAAUGACCGGCAGCUUGCCCUCCGAGCCAAGCUGCAGACAGGCUGGUCCGUGCACACCUACCAGACUGAGAAGCAGAGGAGGAGCCAAUGCCUCAACCCUGCGGAGGUGGAGGCCAUCCUGCAGGUCAUCCAGAGGGCUGAGAGGCUUGACAUCUUGGAGCAGCAGAGGAUCGGGCGGCUGGUGGAGCGGCUGGAGACCAUGAGGCGGAACGUGAUGGGGAACGGCCUCUCCCAGUGUCUGCUUUGCGGGGAGGUGCUGGGCUUCCUGGGCAGCUCGUCAGUGUUCUGCAGAGACUGCAGGAAGAAAGUCUGCACCAAAUGUGGGAUCGAGGCCUCCCCUGGCCAGAAGCGGCCCCUGUGGCUGUGUAAGAUCUGCAGUGAGCAAAGAGAGGUCUGGAAGAGGUCAGGGGCCUGGUUCUACAAAGGGCUCCCCAAGUAUAUCCUGCCCCUGAAGACCCCCGGCCGGGCUGAUGACCCCCACUUCCGACCUAUGCCAGUGGAGCCAGCCGAGCGAGAGCCCAGAAGCACUGAGACCAGUCGUGUCUAUACCUGGGCCCGAGGGAGAGUGAUUUCCAGCGACACUGACAGCGACUCAGAUCUCAACUCCUCCAGCCUGGAUGACAGACUUCCACCCACUGGGGUCAGGGACCCAAAAGACGACAAACCCUGGGGGGAAUCAGGUGGCAGCAUGGAAUCCCCCAGGAUGAGGCCAGCGCACCCACCCAGCCACCUCUCUGGGAGCCAGAGCAGCCUGGCCAGUGAGACUGGGGCAGGCCCUGUAGACCCGCAGGGGGGCCCCCACCCCAGCCUGACCCAAAGGGCACAGGCAAAAGACACACCAGGGCGAGUCCCCGCUGCUGAUGUGGCCUGCAGCAGUCCCCUCAGACUGCCCUGGGCAGAGGCAUGUUUGGGGCACUCAGCAGACUUCCCUGUGGAAGAUUUUGAGAGAGAGAGAGAAAGUUGGAGCCAGACCCUCGCAGCCUUCGCAGCUCCUUCCCAUCCAGUCCUGGCUCCCUCUGCUGCCUGCCCUAUUGGUGGUGACCUCUGACUCAACAAGCCAGUGUUUGGGGGCUGUGUCUGCUUCCGCCUACCCAGUGCCUUUCUCUCCCGGGGAGCCCUUCUCUACCACCACUUCCACCAUUACCCCCUGACCUUUAUUUAUUGUCCCUCACCUACCACCACCUCCAGCCCACCCCUGUGUUUGUUUAAAGCUUGCUCAUGUCCUGGGUUGGGGCUGGAAGGUCCUUCGGGCCCAUCUUGGGGGCCUUCCCAUGUGCACUGCAGUUUAAGAGGGGGAGCCAGGUGUGGGCUUUCUCCAUGUACGUAUUAAUGGUAGUAAAAAAAAAAUAGCCCUGACCAGUUAUCUUUCAGAGCUGAGCUUGGGCCCAAGAGGCAAGUGUUGGAGCCAAGAGUAGGUGGGAUGAGAGAUUUGCCCACCCUUCCCUUCUUCAUCUCUGGCAGGCAGGAGCAGGGUCAUCACUUCCAGUGGGGACGACCCAGGGACUGCUGUUGAAACCUGGCUCUUUACAAGGUUUCUUUCAGUUCCUCCCUCCAUUGGCCUCCCUGGCUUUGAUCAGCUUCUCUUCAGCUGGUGGAGCUGGGAACCAUUCCAAUGAGUACCGUGAAUUCACCCAUUGAAGAGCAGCCUUCGGCUGAGUCCCCAGCCAGGGCACGUGGUUCCCCUAAGCUGCAAAUUCACUUCUCUUCAGUAGGUUCAGGUUGGCAUGAGGGAUACUUAAUUCAAAGUGCUGGCAAAUGCUUCUGGAAAACCCUUCCCUGAAGAGAGAACAUGUGUUUGUGUGUGUGCUGGUGUCUACACCCUUCCGUCCUUAGUGCCCCCUGACACACACCUCAUGUGCCUAGUUCUAGAAGGGCCACCUUCUCUCCCAGGCCCUCAGGUCCCCACCAUUAGCUUUUUUGCCUUUGCGGCUGGCAGAUGGUAAAAAAAAAAACUAUUUCCCCAUGACAUGUUAUGCUUCAGAAUUAAAACAAUAAAGACUAAAAUUUGCAUUGAG